AUGAAGCGAUCAUUUCUCCUGCUGGCCGUAGUGGCCCUCCUGUCUCAGGCAUUCGCCCUCCCGUUUGAUGAUUCUAGGAAACACAGUUUCAUCACUCAACUUGCACCGGUUCCCGAUAGAAACAGUUUGGGUGUGGAUUUAUGCCCCACCUGUAUCCAGUUUACAGAUCAGGCAAUCGAUAUCCUUCUAAACAUCAUACUCAAUUCUGGAGUUGUGGGUACCUGUGGAGAAAUCUGCAAUGCCGUAGCUACGAAGACUGGAAGCAAAGCUCUGGGAGAAGUGUGUGUUCUCCUUUGUGAUAUUGUUGGUAUUGAUGAAUUCGUCAAACUUCUGCAGCAAGCCGACCUUGAUCCAAUUUAUUUCUGUGAGUUGUUGAAAACCUGUCCAAUCAACGACAACGGAGACGCCAAAAUCACAACCUUCACGGUAACACCUAGCUCUGGACCACAAGGCCAAUUCCGGAUCGAUUUUGGAUACACUUCAGCGAACGGAACUGGAACCGGUGAGAUCGUUUUGGAAGUACAGACUGUUGAUGGUAUCCCCGUCGAAAGUGGAUUCAUCCAUGAGCUUGCAAAUCCAGGGAACUACAGCUCUAGCUUCUCUCUAAAAGCUGAGCCAGACCCGUCAUGUGAUCCAACUCAAGAACCUUGUGAGCAAUGGAUUCCGGGAGACUACGGCGUUAAAAUAGCUAUCUGUAAUGGCGAGUGCGGUAGCAAACAUCCUCACAGUGCUAUAUAUGACGAGGGAAUGACAAACUUCACCAUCACCGGCUAA